GUCGGAGCUGUGGAGCAGCAUGGUCCCUCCUGAAUUUCGGGGGUGGGGUGAGGGGUUUUUGUUUACGUUGAAUUAGCAACCGCGUUCAGUUUAGCUAUUCGUGUUAACGGACGCUCAGGGGAUAAAGUAAGGAGUAAUCUACAACAGGGAUUUAUUUCUCUACCUUAAGAGGACCCGGAAGUAGUAUAUGACAUGGUAGUUGCGGUCUUGUUUGUGAGUUUGGGAAAAAGCACUGUUGACAAAUGGGAACUUGACUCAUAGUUGGGAAUGGAAGAUGAGCUCGCCUGUGUGAAUGUCUCAUCGAAAAAUAUGCCUAGUUAUGUUAGUUACGACGGAGAGUCCGUCAGUAAUUUGUCUGAGGUGUCCGGUGAAGUGGAGAACCAAAGCACAGAUUUUGGCCAGGAUGCCAGCGAAGCGAAGCUGCCAAACACGGAUGAUGGGUUGGACUUUCCCAAACACAGACAUGAACGAAGAGGUAGUAAAGAAAGCAACGAGAAGGAAACUGUUAGAAAAACGUUGGCGGUGGACAUUUUGAGAAGAAAUUUUGGACCAUCGAAAUCCUCCGUUCUCAAUGACAGUAACGUGGAACGUCCCAAAGAUCGUGAAAAAGUGGAAAGAAUUUUGCAAAACUUGGAACAAGGAAGGUUCGCUGAGAACGGGAGGACCCGAUGCGACCCUAAUCGAGGAAGUAACUCUAAACUCCCAGAUUUCUUCCCGUCAUUAGAUCUAGAAGAUCUUGAACUCUCUGAUACAGAGGGAAACGUUGAGAGUAAUAAAGGCGGAGAUGAAAGCCUGUCGGAAGAACACGUUUACUGCACCGUCUAUUGCAUUGCCAACGAUGAAUCCAAGAAGCCUUCUGAGAACACAGGAACCUUAGAUAACAUGAGUCCGUCAGAUGGGUCCGCUUCACCUCCUAAUGAAUCACUGAAUCCAGACAUGGGGCGCUACCCAGAGGGCUAUACACUGGCAGACCUCGUAGACUCUACGAUGUUGAACAACGUUCACAACGCGGAUUAUAAUCUAUCCGUGCAGUUGACUUGUCGGAUUUGUUUUGACGAGAAACACAUCAAACCACUACACUGUUGCAAAAAGGCGGUGUGUGAAGAAUGUCUGAAAAAGUACAUCACUUCGCAGGUCCUUGUGGGACAGGUGGACAUCGCAUGCCCCAUCACAGAGUGCAGCGGCUAUCUGGAAGAGAACGUGAUCGUGUCGCACCUGGCUGCCGAGGAGUUGGCCAAGUACAAGUACUUCCAGGAAGUGAGCCGGCUGGAUUCCGGUACCAAGCCCUGUCCACAGUGCAGCAUGUUCACCUCACUGAAGGGGCGGGGCCUGCAGGCAACAGGAAAGGCCGAGCACAAGUAUAAGAUUCAGUGUACCAAAUGCCUGUUUGUGUGGUGCUUUAAGUGCCACGCCCCGUGGCACGACGGCCUCAAGUGCCGCGAGUACAGGAAGGGAGACAAACUGCUGCGUCACUGGGCCAGCGUCAUCGAGCACGGGCAGAGGAAUGCUCAGAAGUGCCCGCGCUGCAAGAUCCACAUUCAGAGGACAGAGGGCUGCGAUCACAUGACCUGCACCCAGUGCAACACCAACUUCUGCUACCGCUGCGGUGAGAAGUACCGCCACCUGCGUUUCUUCGGCGACCACACCUCCAACCUGAGCGUGUUUGGCUGCAAGUACCGCUACCUACCUGACAGGCCGCACCUGCGCCGUGCGGUGCGGGGCUCCGUGUGUGUGAGUAAAGUACUGGUCGCUCCCGUGGUCAUCGUCAUGUUGGUGGUGCUCGGUGCCUUGGCUCUCAUCAUAGGUCUGCUUGCAUUCCCUGUCUACUACAUCUAUAAGAAGCACAGGAAACACUCCAAUGGAACAGGCCGCUGGCUGUGCUGAGAGCCUGCCCCCCCCCCCACACACACACACACACCCAGGACAUGUGCCAGGAGUAAUCAGAGUGAGCUCACUGAAUUGCACUGCUGCCUAUAUGUGCUCAAGUCUACAUGGUCUACACAGACCACUCCUUCCCCUCCCCGCUCGUACCCAACGCCACGCCGCAGCCCCUGGUGCCAUGCUGAGUGUCUGCAGCACAGAAGGGCAGUCACAGCCAUAUAAUUACAUUCUUAUUCUGAAAACAAGAACAGUUUUACGCACGCAAGAUUGUUAAGAUAGCUGGCCAAAUGGUUGGGGGGGGGGGGAGUGUAGAAUAAUCCAUCUGAGCGUAACAUAUAAUUUUAGUCUUUUAACCUGGUCUGAAUAUACAAGCCUGCUUUUAUAAGGAUGGGUUAUGGAUUGAGUGUGAUAUCUCAGGGGCUCGAGGGAGGGGGAAGGAAGAAAUCAGUGCUCCUGCACCCCCGCCACCACGAACCAGCACACCGUGCCAACCUCUGCUGGAGUUCGGGCCAUCACCACCGGCUCACGUGAUGCUGCAGCGAGGAGUAGGACCAGCUGCAGCGUGGCGGGGGGUGGAGCCAUCCCUGCCUGGACUGCCAGGGGGUUCGCCGUGGCCGCCUGCUCUCCCACUUGGCAGAUCUCUGCCGUGCCAUCACUAUGUCGAGACAGAUACGCAUCUGCAGCUUUGGUGCUGCCCCUUCAGCGCAACCGGGCGGGUGAAGGACCUCCCACUUACUUAGAUACUGAAGAAUCUCGUAUUUAUUCUUACAUGUAAUGCUUCGAUUGAUUUUGAGCUCAUCUGGUGGACAUUUCUAAUUUUACCUCUAGUAUAUUUGAGAUUUGCACAUUGCGUUUUAUAUGUGGAGCCAUAGCACGUGUUGUGUGUUUAAAAUGGGUCACUAUUCAACACGUCUUUAAACUCUUGAUCGCUGUCUUGCUGUACAUUGCAUUGAAUAUCACAGACGCAUAUCCCGUGUUGAUUUCUAUGAAUAGAUUGUGAACAUUGUGCAUUUAGCAUGUUACAUAUCAAUCUGAAACACUUACUCAAGCCAUUAGAGACGCUAUCAACAUCUGCCUGUCACUGGUUGAUGGGCACUUCUGGCAAUCAUUGGAACUCCCAGAAAACGCACUCUGUCAAGGUGAUGACAAUCAUGUGUAUGUACCCAGCCAGGCAGAAGGGUUCAUGUAACUGUUUAUCUCAGGGAGUGUGUUGGGAAUUUCGCACACAAUGCUCUCGCGCAGCAGGGCUCUGUUUGUCAGGUCAUGUUACACUUCUAUAGAUCAUAGAUGAAACAGGUCACAGGGCAAGCCUAACGUUCGUCUGAGGCUUGCUGUCUCUGUCUGCGGUUUUAGACUGUGCAAUUGCAUUGGUAUUACUGAUGUAUUAUUGAUGUACUGAUAUUUGGGGGGCUUCUUUCUGUGCCUUUUAACAAGCGGUAAAUGGGAUUGGAUGUUAUAAGGAACAAGUGUAUGUUUUAGGUUUUCUUAACUUUCCAUGCCACAUAUGAGUGCCUGUACACUUUGGUAAAUUUGCAAACACCUGCUUUUAAGGUUACAUUUAGAUUACAUUGGGGUGUAUGUAUGGGACAGUGGCACAAUUUGUUUUUAUGAAUGUGUUUCAGGAAAGAAAAAAAGCACAUUGUAAUGUGUAUGCUGUUUGUAGCCUACAUCCACGCAAAUUCUUUUAAUCUUCUAUGCUGCUGCAGUUUAUCUCCAGAGUCAGACACACCAGUCCACUUUAGCAGACAACAAAUACAUGUCUGUAUUCACUGUGUUGAACUGUGGAUUAAAUAGACCUAGGUGCAAUGCCAAGACGAGUUUAUUUAAGUGCGAGCGCCGGCUAAUAAGUAGCCAAAUGUCUCAUUCCAAUAAUAAAAUGUCAUAGCAUGGCACCAAAACGAUGCCGUGUAGCUACAUUGGUCUCCCUUGUCUUGUUUGUAUGCCAACUCCAGACUCUGCCGUUGAAAUAGCCGAACAUUUGCAUGCGUGCCAGCCUCGUGUAAACACCCGAAACCGUUCAGACCAGGCCGAAGCGGGAUGGAGGGGCUCCGUUUCCGGCAUGUGAGGCGAGCGGCAGUCAGCUGCGCUGGGUCCGUAGGAAUUAGCAGCUGUGCUCCACGCCGAUAAGGUGACGGACGCCAUACCCCCACCCCGCUGGAUACUGCGCGUUUACAUUGCGAAACGGCUGUGGGAGUCGUUUCGGGGAAGAAGUGACACUUGUGAGAAAUAACGGCCAUGAUCCAGGCCAAACGGCGAGGACUAUCUCGGGCCUGCUUUUUAAGACGCUUUGAUGUUGUUGGGUUUUGUUUUGUUUUUAAUGUGUGUGUGAGUUUAUAGCAACGUUUUUGCUCUUAUUACAUGGAGGAAUGUUUCUUAUCCUUAACUUGUUUGAUCGGGCAGCACAGGAGUACGGUUUCAGCACGGGCCGGUCCCACUCCGUCAGGCGUCUCAGACAAUGACCGUGCCAGAGGGAUCGAUUUCCUGCCUGCCUAAGCGCUUUGUCAGACGCGCCCGCCGGCUAAGAGCCGCUUCCUGAGAUGAGGCGUGGGCAAUGGGCCAGCGCUUUCCAGCGCAGCUGACUGACAUGGAUGUCCUGUUGACGCGUUCAGAGUGUGACCGCCAUGCCAGUGACAGAAUGAUGGAAGCGGUGCUGGGUUCAGAGUUUAGCAGACAAACUCUCCUCGGGGUAUUUUUGGCGUAUUUUUGGCACAUUCUUUCAGACACAUUCGCGUUCAGACAGCGGAGCAGAGCUUUUAAGUAGAGCUGAUUUUUGUUUUAAGCAGCUUUUUAAUUCUGGUUCACUCAAAUAUACCUGUCAAAGUGUAGUAUGAUUUGUUAUUGUAUUUUACAGUAGGCCUACAUACUAUUUUAACUAGUUUUAAUCUAUCUUACUACACUAUACAUUAAACUUUCAAAUCUAAAUUCCAUCUUUGACAAGGAACAUGUUUAUAAUACCUGCUUGAAAGCUUAGGCUUUCAUGUUAAUAACACUGCAAUCAUAGAUUUGAUCAUGUGGGCACACUCACUACACCCUUACAGGUACGCAGUUAGAGACCACAACCCAGUAGUUGCCAUGCAUUUCUGCCACCUUCGGCUCUUUAUCUGUGAACACAAGGCUGCUGUUGGCUGGAUAUGGCAGGUCACUCUCAGCGCAGUAGUGACAUUGACACGUGUAAAUACCCCAGCAGCCCCGUACCUGACACGUUCAUAACAGCACCCACAAGUCCCAUAGCUCAGUGUCACGCUGUAUUGAGACCCAGACAUAGCAAUUCCGGUUAGUAAUGGUUUGUUCAGAAACUGAGCAGCAAAGAAUAUGGGGUAGAAGGUCGCUAAUAAAAUGUCAUGGCAACAGAGGGGCUAAUUUACACAGCUAAGUGCUAUAAGACAGAUGUGCCCAAUACUAACUAAGCGUCAUGCUGUCAUUACCAAGCCUGUAGUGCUUAUUAGCUAUUUUUCAUUGUUAUAACGUAAUAGAACCUGUGGUAAUGUUUAGCAAUCGACAUUAACAACAUUACUGCCACCUGCUGGCUAACACAAACUCAGGCGAGAGAAUAUCGAAUUGGCUGACCUUGCUAUUUACAAUUUUUCAGCCUGCUUUUACCUAUGAGUUGAUGGUACGAAUCUGCUAAAUAAAUUCUGGGAUUCAAGGGUCAGGGUUGAAAGGAGGCCAUGCAGUGUUUCCUUAAGGCAGCCUAUUGUAGGCCUACAAUAAGAUUACAUUUAUUACAUCUCUGGAGCCUAGAGGUAAUCUUUCCUGCUGUAACUAUUAUAUAAUUGUUCAUAUACAGUAUUAUUCGAAUUUAAUUACUAUAGUAUUUUUAUACUAUUUUGUUAUGAAAUGAGCAUGGCUAAAGAGAGCCAUUUUUACCAAAUGAAAAAUAACUUGGUGAUAUUUUUAGAUUAUUAUUUUUGUUAUUGUUGUUGCUGCUGUUGUUUUUGUUGAUGUAGCUGCUGCAAUAAUUACUAAUUUAACGAAGUUAGUUUUGUUUUGUUUUUUUCAGGCUCCACCCCUCAUCAUGGUUCAACAGAUCAUUUUCAUUGUAGAAAGACAACAACUAAAAGGUUUUGCAAGUUAUUGUCUAACGGCUAUAAAAAAAAUUUAAAGCUCCAGUCACUAAAAUAUUCAGAAAUGGAAAAUAAUCAAAACCUUAAAACUCACUAUGACCAACUAGAACAAAAUUAUCAUUUAUGCUCUUAAAAGUGGUAAAUUAUGUUGUGAUAGUUUGCAGUGAACUAAACUGUUUAAACUAUUUGUUGUACUGGAACUAACCGUUUAACCCUGAUGAGAUAGCUUGGAGCUAAGAAAUCAAUUCUCCGACCUGUUCAAACGAGAUUGUUCACGAAUUAUCUAAAAAUUAUUUUAACAAGCCAUGCAAUACCAUGAAAUUGUGG